ACUGCCGCCAACGCGGCGACCCUGCCCGCACCACUGGACCCGCUGCUGCCUGCUGCCCGGCUUCAAAGUGGAGAUCCGGGGCUUCCGAGCGCACGUCAUCCGCGUCCGCGGGGAGGCCGCGGGGAGGACGCCGCCGAGCACCAGCGAGGACCGGACCGUGACCGCCGCCGUCACCGCCAACUCCAAAGCGUGACCUCCGCGCCGCCGCCGCCGGGCCGCAAUCAUUCCAUUCAUUUCUGAACGAUUUACGAUCCCUUGAGGACGCACUCAUGGCGGCCGCGGGCGCGGGGGAGGAGUGGGGGAGCGGCUGAUUCGUGGCGCGCGGGGCGGGCCCUUGUGCUUUUAUCUGGGCACGUCAUCGCGGGCCGGCAGGUGUGGCGCGGAGCGGCUCGAGCGUCCCCGCUGCUCAUGCUCAGACACACACAGUGUAGUGCGACACACUCGGCGAGCGACACGCAGCGGCCCGCCACCAGCGACACCAGACGUCGCCAUCCAUCAUGACGUGGUCACCGCUCCUGCUCGUCGCCGCCCUGGCGUGCGCCGGCCAGGUCGCCGCCUCCACCCAGGACUACUGCAUGGCCAGGGAUGCCAACCCGUUCGCCAACUUCGGGACGCGCACGCCCUACGAGGCCUCCGGCGCCAACCUGGACACCACCCCCGUCAAGCUGGAAGGCUGCAAGGCGGUCCAGCUGUGGCUCCUGGGCCGACACGGCACGCGCCAUGGCAAGGACGCGGACAUCGAACUCAUCCUCAAGCUGACCAAGAUCAAGGCGCAGAUGGUGGAGCACAAGUCCUCGGGACGUAGCGUCGGGCUGUGCGACACGGACCAGGAAAACAUCCUGAACUGGUACCCGAACGUGGACCGAUCCAUGUCGUACCAGCUGACGCCGCAGGGCCAGCAGGACCUCCUCAAGAUGGGCGCGCGAUACCGCGAGCGCUUCCCCGACCUCUUCAAGGAUCCCAACCCCGCCAGCUUCCACUUUAAAUACGACGAGACCGAUCGCUGCGUCGAGAGCUCCCAGUGGUUCUACAAGGGCAUCUUUGGCGAGUUCCCCGCCCAGAGCGAGGGCACCGUGGACGGCCUCCCCGACUUUUACAACAGGUGCCCGGCUUACCUCGGGCCGAUCGCCUCCGACUUCGUUAUGGGCGACUUCAACAAGUUCAAGAAGAACAACGAAUGGUCCGACAUGGUGAAGAGGGUCAGCAUCAGGCUCGGCUUCUACAACAACCUGGACGUCGACGACAUCGAGGCCAUGUACACCGCGUGCAGCUUCGAGCGUGCUCGCAACUGGGAGUACGGCAAGACCUCCCCGUGGUGCGCCGCCUUCCGUCCGGAGGACUUUGAGGUGCUGGAGUACUGGUUCGACAUGAAGGAGUACUACCGCACCGGCUACGGCCACAAGAUCCACGAGAAGCUGGGCUGCGUCCCCAUCAAGGACCUGGUCAAGUCGUUCGAGGCGCGCGUCGGUGCCACGGCCCCCGCGCCGCCGUCCGGGCUCAUCUACCACUCGCACGACACGCUGCUCAACCAGGUGGUGGCUUUCUUCGGCCUGUACCGCGACCAGGAGAAGAUGCGCGAGGACAACUUCGCGCGCCUCCGGGACCGCAAGUGGAGGGUCAGCAAGUUCAGCCCGUUCGCGUCCAACAUCGCCGCCGUGCUACACGAGUGUUCGAGCGGCGACAGGUACCGCGUCCAGAUGUUCCUGAACGAGAAGCUCCUCCCCCUGCAGGACUGGGGCUGCGACAAGGACUCGUGCACCUGGACGCAGUUCAUGUCCAAGUUCGGGCACGUGCUCACCAACUGCAAGCAGCGCCGCCUCUGCUGGGGCCUGUGAACAAAAAUGGGUGUCUGUUCCAUUCCUGGACCGCCAAAGAGCUAGAAACGUCUGUCUGUCACAACAAGAACGACGCGGUACCGGUACACCAUACAACAAGAGAAAAACUUCUGCAUCAAUUUUGGGCCCUGCUCAUAUUGUGUGACAACGUGCAAAAUAUCUGACGUCAAAAGAAAAGUUACUUUCAAACUGUUAACAAA